AGCCUUUGGCACCAGCUAAAUCAGCUGAUAGGUUCUGUUUAGCAUGGACCCCCUCCUGGUGGUCAGCACCGUGACUCUUCUUUGGGUCCCAUGGCACCUGCGGUUGACGAAGACAGAUUUUUGCGACCUGCAAGCAUGGAUCGGCCUCCUGAAACCCAGCAAUGCUGCGGAUCAAGGGAAGGACGCGCGCGCCGAAGAAGAAAUGGUGAAGCUUCGUCUUCGGAACUACAAGUUGUUUAGCCGCUUCCUAUCCCAGGUGACUCCGAUCGUGGGGCUUGGCUUAUCUUUUCAGGCCUUGAAGAAUCCUGGACUUCAUAGCAUCUCCUGGGCCAGUAGCUUUGUACUUGUUUAUUGGGUGCAUUUGCUGGUGGGAAAAGAACUGGUGACCUUAACGGAGAGGCGCCUGAGACUCUUGACCUAUAUGCACCACGUUUUGUGUCUCUCCUUGCACAUCAUGGCUGGAAUUGCACAUCACUGCAGUACUUUCAACUUCACUUUGGUGGUUGGUUUUAAUACCACCAUUCGCUUCUUGUACGUUUUGACCUUCAUGAAUCCCUCGGUGUCGAUUCCCUUUCAGCUCCUCCACACUACUGCAGACAUUUUUGAUUAUCUCAUGAUCUUUGACGGCUCCCACGUGCAACUCGGUGCCUUAUGCUUCUGCGAAUUCUUCAUUUGCAUCGUCAGCAUCGCUGGUUCGGUGAUCCUAGACUUGGCACUGCGGGGUCGCAUCGAUGCCAAAUUGGACACAGCAGAUGCUGAGUCCUUGGUCAGCAGUUUCCGUCGCGUUUUGCGGGGAGUGUGCGACGGUGAAGUCUUGCUGGACGGCGAGAUGAAUGUGGCCAAAGAAAGCGAGUGCUUGAAAAACUUGAUUCUGACCGAUGUGAGCCUGGUUGGGAGAAACUUUAAAGGCUUGCUAUCUGCUGAUGUCAACCUCUUCAACGAGUUUAUCGAGUCCUCCAACGAAGCAUUUGGUGAUCCCAAAGAUUCGCCACCGUCCUGCUUGCGGGUUUCUUUGCGCGGAGCAGCGGGGAUUCGAGUUGCCGCAGAUGUGUACCAUGUACCAGUUCCAGGAUCUCGACGCGCGACCUGCGCCGGAAGCGACGGAUGCUGCGAGCGACCGAGCGACCGAGCUGUUGACGAUGUGCGGCUCUCGGCUGCCGAGCUACCGACAUGGAGACUCCGCGUCAAUGGCGUCUGGAAGCACACAAAGAAGUGCACAGCUUCUUUGUCCAGAGUUGCAGGAAAUGACUUUGCUCCUGGACGUGGAUUCUGAGCUUCAGGAUGUGCUGCAAGCCCACUUGAAGUUUGUUCGUGGAGGAAGCGAUCCAAGUCAGCCGGGGUGUGAGCCUCCUAUCUUCGGCUUGAACUCUAGCAUGCCAAGCUUGCGCCGGCUAGUGAAGCCCAUGGAGUGGGACCAGCUCCAAGGUCAGGUGCGGAGGUUUGUGAAUCAGGCGCUGGAGAAUCCGCACCUAGCGCCCAAAGCGCUCAAGAAGCUCUCUUUGCAGCUCCCAGGGCAUGGCGGUCGGGUGAUUGCUGGAGAGGCUUCCUUGAAGUGCUUUCCAGGGGCUCGAAGGGUCUGGUUGCAUGUGAUUGGGCUCCAACCAGAGAAACCUCGGCGUGUGCUGCUGGAUGGAAUUCAGGAGACAUUUGUGGCCCGAGCAAAUGAGCCGGUGAGUCCGGCUGGAUAGAGAGGAAGAUGAGAGAAGCAGGGAAGUGAGAAUUCUGUGCCCUCUCUCUCUCUCUUUUUGAAAUCGGUCAAACAGUUGUCAAAAUGAAACUAUAUCAGUUAGGCGCCCCGGUACGCAAAACGCAAAACGUAAGGUUCCGCACGUGUAAUCCAAAACGUGCAGCCCCC